CCCUCUUCCUGGAGCUUCGCACAGCCACGGGUGGCACAACUGACUUCAUAUCCACCAUCCCCUGCAGUCAGAGGGCAUGGCUGUGGCCCUAGGGGCUGGUCCUGGGAUGUAGCUGCCCCCACCCACUCCUCCUGGGGUGUCCUGAGAAAGCGUUAAGUCAGGCAGGAAGGCCUGGGGCUGAUAGCACAGGCCGGAAGGAAUGCCACCCCAUGAGUGUGUGGGGCCCAGCCACGUCAGGGCCGCCUGCCCCGCCCCCCUGUCACGGGCCUGACCUCCUGCUUUCCUCCUCCCCUGCCCAGCCUGGCCUCAGCACAGCGCACACAGCUCACCAGGCAGCGCAGACAGGCCGCUGGACCACAGGGAAGACUAUGGAGACUUCAGAAUCUUCCUCCCAGACUCAAGACCACAAUCGAGUCCCCAGAGAAACGGAAGAUCUAGACUACGGAGACACGAACUUCCAUGAGCAAGACAGGGAGACUGGACUCUUUUCCCAAGAACUAAAUGAGAAAGACAAGUCUUCCUCCUCCUCUUCCUGCUCAUCCUCAGAAGGCAGUGGUGAGGACCAGCACCCCAGAGUAACCAGAAAACAUCGACGGAGACUGGUGGCAGGACACCCACACAGGGACAGCUCGCCUGGUGCCGAGCACGUUCAGCCUGACGUUUCAAAGGAUGGGCUUCAGCUCUAUGAAGGUGCACCUGGAGAGAUGGUGCCCUCUGGGGAGUCAGGACUCCGGAGGAGAGGCUCUGACCCAGCAAGCGGAGAAGUGGAGGCCUCUCCAUUAAGAAGACUGAAUAUCAAGAAAGAUGACGAAUUUUUCCAUUUCGUCCUCCUCUGCUUUGCCAUCGGGGCUUUGCUGGUGUGUUAUCACUAUUACGCAGACUGGUUUAUUUCUUUCGGGGUUGGCCUGAUCACCUUUGCCUCCCUGGAGACCGUUGGCAUCUACUUUGGGCUGGUAUACCGGAUCCACAGUGUCCUGAAUGGCUUCAUCCCCCUCUUUCAGAAGUUUAGAGUGCUGGGGUUUAGGAGGACUGACUAAGGCCAGUGCCGGGCAGGCAGCUGGGCCAGGCCCCGGUCUGACCACCACUGCAUCGCCUGAGCCCACGAGGAUGGAGUGACAGAGCGACAUGUGGGAGCUGCGCAGGCGGGCCAAGCUACAGCAAUAAAGAAAGAGCUUUUCCUCCCAUGUGAUCUGAACGUUGGCACCGGCCUGGGGCCGGGGCAUCAUUUGGGCAGUGUUGGCAUGCAACCUAGCGGUCAGGAGGGAAGGGAGAGGGUGGGCAGGGGUGUCUGAGACCUUCCCAGUACCUAGAUCAGCAGGAGGACUCUGGGUUGUCCCUCCUCUCGGGAGACAGUAGGAGGCCCCUAGGCCCUGCAAGCUGUAAUCUUUCUGGGGUCAUGGAUUCUCUCAAAUCCCUAGUCUGUGGGCUUUUAGGUCCUAUACAGCCAUCCCAGGACAGACAGACAGUCCGCUGCCCUGAGACAUGGAGUCACCAGGGCAGGCCCCCGGGUGACCCUGAUGCAGGUGAAAUAUUGAGGACUAGAGUCACAACAACCAGGCAUCUCCCCUCAGCCCCACCAUCCAGCACCAGCUUCACUGCCUGAACUCCAUCAAGAUUCAAAUAAACAGUCUCUUCCCUGGACUAAAGAGAGUCAGCUAAACAUUCCUUUGGGUUUCUUGAGCAUGAGGACACAUUGACCCCAUCUAGUCAGGGAGGACACUUUGUCCUAUUGGAUAAAGUAUGAAAGAGGAUAAAUGUGCAGCCCUUCACUUUAGGUCUAGGAUUUCAAUUGCACAGGUUCAGAAUGGGAGACAGGGCUUUGCAAACAUUCCUGUGAAAGAGAUCUGGGCUGUUAGGUAUUCUCAGCUCAACAAAUACUAAAAGAGUGAUGUAAGGGUGCAAAACAAAACCCAUUGCAAACUUGGGUUUCAUUAAUAGAGUUAUAGUGUCUAGACUGAAGGAGGUGAUAGUAGGUCCUCCUUGUACUGCCCAGGCCACACCUAUAGCAUGUGUUCAGUUCUAGACUUAAAUAUCAAGAGGGACAGUGACAAACUAGAGAACACACAGAAGAUGAGACCAGUGUGAGAGUAUAAAGGAAGAAUGAAGAAAUAAAAAUUCUUUGACUAGCAGAAGAGAAGAACGGGCUUCAUCGAGCUCAUAGACUCGUGGAGGACACUUUUUCAAGUACUUAUGGUGCUCCAGGAAACCCUAGUGGUAUAGUGGUUAAGAGCUAUGGCUGCCAACCAAAAGUCGGCAGUUUGAAUCCACCAGGCACUCCUUGGAAACCGUAUGGGGCAGUUCUACUCUGUCCUGUAGGGUCACUAUGAGUUGGAAUCGACUUAAUAGCAACAGGUUUGGUUUUGGUUUUUAUGGUGGUCCAGGCACUUUCACAUACGUUAUCUGAUGUAAUUCUCACAGCAGCCUUGACAUGUGGAAUCAUCCCCAAUUUACAGAUGGGGAAACAGAGGCUCAAAAAGCCCCUUAGUAACAUGCUUAAGUUCACACAGCAAGUAAAUGGCUGAGCUGCAAUUGAAUCCAAGCCUGAGUUCUCCUUAUGCCAAGCUGCCUUAUAGAGCAUGGCUAAUCCAGUCUCCCACCCCAGGCAGAGCGCCCGUCCCUGAGGGAGCUGGAGUGGCCCAAUGAUUCCCCCAGACUUUGGGAUUUCUCAGACAUAUAAAAUUUUUUAAGUGGAGGGGGACCCCCACAACAUUGGGGCUACCAACUCUUUACCAAUUGAGAACAAUAAAAACAACAAGUAUCACCUACUCUCAGCACCAUUUUACAAAAGAAAGAACAGUUUUGCACCAAAAAAAAAAGAAAAA